AUGAAUAACAUUAAUAACACAAAUGUUAAAGAAAAGGCAACGGUCGUUAAGCAGUCAGAAAGUGACAACCGUCAGGACUGGAUGACAGUCAACGACACUUUAAAUCAAUAUACUGAACCUAAGGCCGAGGCAAACGAUAAUGCAGCGGAUAUUCAGGAAACCAACCUUAAAGAGGAAGAUGGGACAUUACGAAUGUACUGGAUCGAUGCUUGUGAAGUCAAGGGAGUUGUGUAUCUUUUUGGAAAGGUCUUACAAAAAGCAACAAACACCUUUAUUAGCUGCUGUGUUGUAGUGCAGAAUAUGGAGCGCAACCUCUACGUCCUCCCGCGCCAACGACGAGUUGACGCUAACGGAAAAGAGACAGACAUUGAAGUUGAAAUGGCAGACGUAUAUACAGAGUUCGAUAGUAUCCGUCAACAAUACAAAAUUCCUACAUGGCUUUCGAAGCCAGUUGAGAGAAAAUAUGCCUUUGAUCUACCUGAUAUUCCUUCAGUGGCAGAAUACCUCAAGGUCGUCUAUAAGUAUUCUAUGCCUAGUUUGCCUAUGGAUCUCAAGGGUGAAACAUUUAGCCAUGUCUUUGGCAUAAACACAAGCGCUUUAGAACAUUUUGUUAUCAAACGUAACUUGAUGGGACCUGCAUGGUUGGAGAUUAAGCAAGCCAAGAUGAACAGCUCCAAGGUGUCUUGGUGUAAGAGCGAGUUCACAGUCUCUGAUCCGAAGGAUAUCAUACCAAUGAAAGAAUCGCACGACAUACCGCCGCCUCCACUCUGUGUUAUGUCGCUAAGCUUAAGGACAAUUCUCAACCCUAAAAACAAAUCUAACGAGAUCGUUGCUGUGAGCUUCUCUAUCUACCAUGAAGUCCGAUUGGACGAUCCAGUGGAGAGCAAUAAGAAAUUGAUUUCGAAACAGACACUGGUCCGUAAGCUUGACAAUAGCCCUUUUCCGCCAGGAUUUGAUCGCAUUAUCGAAAGAAGCAAAGUAAAGAUUAUCAAGCAAACUUCGGAACGCGCAAUGCUUAACCUAUUACUAGCACGUAUGCUCAACUCGGAUCCGGAUGUAAUUGUCGGACAUAACUUUGUUGGCUUCGACCUUGACGUGCUGCUCCACCGCAUGAAGCAGACUAAAGUGGACCACUGGUCCAGUUUAGGAAGGCUUCGUCGAAUUGUAUGGCCCAAACUGCAAACAGGUGCUGGAGGGAUGGGAGACACUACAGCACAGGAAAAGAGUAUCAUGGCUGGGCGUUUAAUGUGCGAUACAUACCUUGGGGCCAAGGAGCAUCUUCGAGCCAAGAGUUACAGUCUUACGAACCUGGUAGACGUACAACUGCAUAAAGAACGAGAGGAUAUUGAUUAUGAAAAGACCCCUAUGUGCUUCAACAAUGCGGAGCAGCUGGAAAAAAUGUUGAACCAUGCUAAUUUCGACACCUACUUGUGCGCGGAGCUCAUGUUCUCACUCCAAUUGCUCCCAUUAUCAAGGCAACUGACGACACUGUCAGGUAACCUGUGGUCCAUGACCUUGACAGCUGGUCGCGCUGUACGCAACGAAUAUCUGCUGCUGCACGAGUUCCAUAAGAACAAAUAUAUUUGUCCAGAUAAGACAUUUUCCAAGGAUAGUAAGAAUAUUCUAGCACCCAUGUUGGUUGCUGGUGACGAUAUGGAUGAUCAGGACGAGGCCACAAUGCCUAAAAAAGGAACGAGACGCAAGCCUCAGUAUGCUGGAGGACUUGUUCUGGAACCCAAGAAAGGCCUUUACGACAAAUAUGUGCUGUUGCUCGACUUUAACAGUUUGUAUCCUUCCAUUAUCCAGGAAUAUAAUAUUUGCUUUACUACCGUUAAUAAGAAUAAGGAUAGAGAUGAAGAUGCCCUACCGGAUUAUCCUGAGGAAGGUUUGCCACAGGGCAUUCUCCCAAAAUUACUUGCGAAUCUUGUGGAGCGUCGACGGGAGGUCAAGAAAUUGAUGAAGACUGCAUCUAGAGCCAAAUAUGAAGAAUACGAUAUUCGGCAAAAAGGUCUCAAGCUGACGGCCAAUUCGAUGUAUGGAUGUUUGGGCGCGACAUAUUCUCGAUUCCAUGCAAAGCCACUUGCAAUGCUAAUUACGUCCAGAGGACGAGAGAUUCUACAAAAUACAGUUGAUCUUGCAACCGAGAAAGGACUUGAUGUAAUAUAUGGUGACACUGAUUCAAUCAUGAUUAACACAAACACGACAAAAAUUGAAGAAGUAAAGCCUAUAGCUGAAGGGUUGAAGAAGCUUGUCAAUGCUCGAUACAAGUUGUUGGAGAUUGAAAUGGAUGGCAUAUACCAACGCAUGCUGCUGUUGAAGAAAAAGAAGUAUGCAGCGCUGAAGGUGGAAGAGAAGGAUGGCAAUUUUGAGACUGUAAAAGAAACCAAAGGUCUUGACAUGGUCCGACGAGACUGGUGUGGAUUGAGUCACGAUGUCUCCGACACUAUUUUAGAUCUAAUUUUAUCAGGCGAUAACCAAGACAGGGAACAAGUUGUUGAGAAGAUCCAUAGCCAUCUACGAAAAGUUGCCGAGGAAACGCGGAAAGGCAUCAUCCCCAUUGAUAAAUUUAUUGUGAACAAGGGCCUGACAAAAGCACCAGAAGAUUACGCAGAUGCAAGGUCACAACCACAUGUACAAGUCGCUCUUCGACGCAUGCGUAAAGGAAUCAGUAUUAGAGCAGGAGAUACUGUUCCAUAUGUUAUCUGUAUCAAUGAAAAUGCGCCGACACAAAAGGGUAGCUAUGCAGAACGCGCAUACCACCCAGAGGAGAUGCUACAGCCUGACUCGGGACUUUCCAUUGAUUUUGAAUACUACUUGAAUCAACAAGUUUAUCCGCCUGUAGAAAGAUUGUGUGGUCCGAUUGAGGGAACUGAUGCUACUAGAUUAGCAGACUGUCUUGGUUUAGAUACAUCAAAAUUCAGAGCGGUCGUUAGGACGGAUGGUCAAGAGGAGGAAUUUCAGACUUUGGCUUCGCAGUUGUCAGAUGCAGAGCGUUAUAAGGGUGCAGAGGCCUUUGAGCUGCGUUGUAGAGGUUGUCAAUCAAGCUACAAGUGCUCGGCUCUAGCAAUGGAAAUGGAUUCAACAAGUUACUUUGGACUUCAGUGUCCCAACUGUAUGACAAUUGCUCAACCAGCAUCAGCAUGCGUGCAAUUGAUAGGAGCCAUCCGUAAAUACAUUCAUAAAUAUUAUCAAGGAUGGGUAAUAUGCGAUGAACAGUCAUGUCGCAAUAGAACGAGAAUGGUCAGUGUUGUUGGACGGCGUUGUCUAGUUGAUGGUUGUCGUGGUACCAUGCACAAUGAGUACUCGGAUGGAAGCCUAUAUACCCAGAUAUCGUUCUUUAGCCACAUCUUUGACACCGACAAGGCUCUAUCCAAGAUCGACUUUGAGAAGAACGGAGCCAUCAGAGUUCAGAUUGAGCAGAACAGGGAAUUGAUAAGGCUACUCAAGGCACAAGCUGACAAAUACAUUGACAAGAGCGCGCGUCGCUUUGUUGACUUGUCCCAGCUAUUUAGUUUUGUUAAGAUUACUCCUCCUUGA